AUCGUUGUUUCGCUCCGUGGUUUUCUCCAGAAUUAAACUUAAAAAUCCAUCAAAUAAAUUCGCCUAUAUUCUUAAAAUUAUGCUUCUAGGUUAUCAUUCUAAUUCGCCAAUCUAAUUUAAUAUUCGAUUGAGAGCAAGUUUGUGGUUGGUUUGUGGAAAAAAAGUUUCUAAAAGUGAAAAUUUUAUCGCCCUUCAGUGUGUGAGAACGAAAAUAUUCGGCGUUUCUUGUCAAUGAAAUUCGUUCCUCCCCCCACCCCUUAUGACAGAGAUAGUUAUACUUGUAUCAUAUGUUUAUUUGGCAAGCAAUGGAUUUGUGUAUAUCGAGUGAGAACGGGUCAACCGUAUAAAUCUCGUAUGAUAUAGGUGAAGUUGUAGCACUUGAGUGUGUUGGUUAAAUUUUGAAGUUGCAAGUAUAGUGGGCUCCGUGUUUUCGUCUGGUCGUGGAUUAGUUUGUGUGCGUUUCGUUUAGUUGCGUGUGCGAAGGCGAAGGAGGAUAAGAUUAUUAUACGAAAAGAAAGAGAAACGAAUUUUUGGGGGAAUUGUUUUCAAGGCGAAAUGAGAUGAAAUGGAAUUAAUAGUUACAGGGAUGUGAAUAAACAAAAGUGUUAUAAUAUUAAAAUUCACGGCGAUAUUGAAAUGCGCGAAGGGAUGAACGUUUGUCGUUUUCGAAAUAAAACUUUGUAAAUAAAAACAUAUUUUUUUUUGGCUGUGAAAUGAAGAAUUGUUUGGUGAAAAAGUGAAGUUGAAAAAUUGCAGUGACACAAAGACGACGACAACGACGACGAAGAAGAAAAAAGGAGAGCAAGUAAGAUAGACUGUCACAGAGUAGAACCAGCAGCAGCAGUAGCAGAAGCAAAAGCAAAGACCCAAGAAAGGAUCACCACCAUCGAGAAAGAAGAAAUAAAAAAGUGAAACUUCAAGAACCCAAAAGUCUGCUGGAACAUCAACACAGUAGUCCAAACAAUUAAAAGUUUAAACAAAACUUAACUUGGGCAAAAAAAAAAGAAAAACAGAAACAAAAACACAAUCAGCUGAAGGUGAAAAAUAAUAUUGGAUUGAAUGUGGAAGAUUCAGGCACAAUGCAAAGCUUGGACUCAUCAUGUCAAGAAGCUGAUUUUAUAAUUAACGACACCCUGUUGCGACUAAAGGUCUCUAACAACUCGUCGAAUGUGUUGCGUCAGACACAUUAUCAAACGGCCCAGCCACCACCACCUCCUCAUCCCGCUGCACAUUCGUCAGCACAUUCAUCAAUUGCCUCAUCAUCCCAACUACAGGUGCAGCAACAAAAACAACACCAUCAGCAACACCAGACAACCACAAUACGUCAUCACCAAGUUCCGCCACCACCCUAUCCAAAUAUACAGCCAUCCAGUCAAAGUCUUCUCAAUUCAAGCCUCCUGCAUAACAUCAAUCAAAUACCAAGCCAACCGCCAUAUUGUAUAUUCGAUGGAGCCGAUUCACCGCCAGACUAUUCAACCAUCAAUUCAUCGCUCGGUGAAAACCUUUUGUCGUCUGAACAGAGCGCGCAUUUUUCAGGUGAAACAUCUAAGACCACAUCCGCCACUGCUCGAUGGUCAUCAGCAGCAGAAAAUUCCCUACUUUCACCGACACACAUAUCGAAUCUUAAUUCGAUAACAUCACCGUCGCCUGCAUUGCCGGAUACGUUACUCUCAACGCCUCCAUCAAAUUCUUCUUCGUCAACGAAAUCAAAGUUUUUAAGUCCUAGUGGUGGAGGUUUAACUAGAAGCAUCAACGCAAAUAUUUCUAUAACACCAACAACAACGAUAUCUGCAGAUAGGACAGGUGUUAGUCGUAAUUCAGGAGGCUUAGGGAGUUCAUUGUCAACGGCAUCAUCACACAAACGACAAUCUUCGAAUUCCUACAGCAGCAGCAGCAGCCACAACAGCAGCAGCAGCACUUUAGCGACUGGAUCGCCAAGUAAAAGACAAAAGACUUCAGCGACAUCUACAUUGGCAACGUCGAUUUCAAGUAGUAGUGGUUCAGGAUUGGUGCAGCAUAAUCAGCAUCUAAAUCAAUAUCAGAAUCAGCAACAACAGCAACAGCUUCAACAUCAGCAGCAUCAGAAUCAACAACUAAAUCAGCAGCAUCAUCAGCAACAUCAGAACCAGCAUCAACACCAUCGCAGCAGCAGUAGUCGAUAUGAAUCAUCAUUACCGUCAGCUACAGCAUCUUCGUCCUCUGCCUCGACGUCGAAUGUUAAACCAACAACACCAACAGCAAUUGCAACAACAACACCAACAUCUAAAUCGAGUGAGACCCACUCCUCGAGUUCUUCAAGUUCGUCGAAAUCCUUUAACCUGCAGGACAAGCUUAAGGAAUUAUAUUUGGAAAUGGUUGAAGAUGAUUUGAAUAUUGCACAUCAAACUGGGGUGAGACUACGAAGUCGGUCUUUUGUUCUGGAACGUCUGGUGCAACGUGAGAAACUAAACAAAAUCGUUGUCAAUCUCUAUCCCGGCAAUAAGGGGUAUUCGCUUGCAUUAUUUGAAGGCAAACAGUCGUCAUCUUCGGAUGAUCCCACACCAUCGUCGUCGUCCUCAUCAAAUGAUUUUAUUAAAUCAUCAACCCAAACAGCUCCAUCAAUAUCACUUUCCUUCGCCACAACUUCCAUCAACAACAACAAUUCCCCCUCUAGUCGAUUCAGCAAACAGCAGCAGCAAAAAUUUGUAAAUAUAAACCACAAUCUGAACAACAAUAAUUCCCUCCCCUUGAAUCUGCUGCAAACUGAAGAUUGCCACGAAAAUGAUUUGCUGCACAUGCCCUCGCCUAGUAGUAGUCAACAGAGUGGAACGACGACGACAAUGACAACAGACACUGCCGAAGACACCGAUGAAGAUGUCAACCUAAUCGAAGUGUUCCGGUGGCCCUACGAAGUAAACAAUCUAUUGCAUUGCAUCGACAGCGGCCAGUUGCCAAGCUUCCUCUCCGAUCUCCUCGAGAACCGGUCGCCCAAUGUCUUUUACUCGGGUUGUGUGAUCUGUCAAAUCAGAGAUUUUCGCCAAACCUUUCCAAUUUCAUCAAAUAGCUGUGAUAUCUAUCAUGUUCUGUUAAGGCCCACCAACGACACCAUCUACUCGGACGUGCGGAAGCUGGCCAAGCGCGCCAAUUUGCAAACCUAUGAGGAGAGGCUGCAGCUCGAAAGCGAAUUGGUGCUGGCAACAUCAGAGCCCCUCUGUCUCGAUCCAGACCCAAACAUUGGCCGGGAUGAGAUAAACAGUCAAUUCGUCCGGCAAAUGUUCAACACGCAUGAUAUUCGCCGCCAAAUGCGCAAAUACUCCCAAGUUGCGAUCAAUCGAAAGAGAAAAAUCGAUCAAUUCACUCAUAACUACGGUCUGGAGCUUUGUGAUUAUUUGCAGAGGUUACGACAACAGCCCAGACAGAUGCAUCAUAGUAGCACAAUUGCUGGAAGUAGUAGUGUGGCGAGUGCUGGCGUAGGGUUGGAUAGCAGCAGCAACAUCUUCUCAUAUGGCACAGCAGGUGGACAAACUUGUAGCAAUAAUAGCUCUAGUGGUAGCGGUAAUAGUAAUAAUAUAAGUAGUAGCAAUAGUCAUAGUAGUAAUCAACAACAAAGUAAUGCAAACCCCAACUCACAUGCUGCUGUUGCGGCACGAACGCCCAACCUAGACUAUCCUCCUCUGGACGUGCCGGAGAGUAUAGACGUGGAGAAAUACGCAGAGGAGUGUGAAUGGCCGAAGAACACAACGGACUGUGAGCCGGAAUUGAUCGAAGAGUAUGUCCUCGAAACAGAGCGCAAGGAUAAUAAGGGACGCAGUGUGAUUUAUCACAUUAAGCUGUCCAUUUAUCAGCGCCCUAUGAAUUCCGAGUUCCUGGGUGAGUUGUAUGUGGACCGUGAUUAUCGUGUGGGUGAGAGGAAUGGAGAGGCUUGUCAGUUUUCGUUGGGUACCCGGACACACGCGCACCGCUACAUUCAGCAGUUUAGGGAGAUCUUUACGGAGGAGGGCCGCAAAGCGGUAGAAAUAAGGCAUUAUAUACCCGAUCAUCCUAUCAAGAUCUCCCACACCGGAAUGUCAGCUGAUCACAGAGAAGCGGUUAAGGUAUUCCUGCAGCAGCAGCGUCAGCAGCAGGCUGCUUUGGCAGCAGCUGCAGCUGCAAAUGCUGCUGCCCAGCAACAGGCCGCGGCGGCUGCUGCUGCAGCUCAACACCAAGUUGCGUCGGUGUCGGGGCACUCCCAACAUCAGCUCUCACAUCAUACCCAACAUCCGCAGCAGCAGUUAGUUGUGGCAAUUUCUCAACAACAACAACAGCAGCAGCAACAACAGCAACAACAACAGCAGCAACAACAACAGCAACAACAGCAGCAUGUUACUUUGCAGCAACAGCAGCAGCAGCAUCAUCACCCACAUCACCAUCAGUCGAUUACAGUUGGAUCGGCCAAGAACUUGAAUAUUAAUCUCCAGGGGGCGAAUAUUGUGGGCAUUACAACAGCAGGCGGCACUGUGCAACACAUACGUCAGCAACAAGGCCCACCGCCGCAGUACAUUGAUGCGAAUGGGGCCACAGUCCAGGUGCAAACUACCCACCAUCAUCCUACGCAUCAGUUGAGUUUGAGCAAUGGAUCGUUGGUGUUUGUCCAGCAACAGCCUUCUGGAAGUGGGGGAGGGAAUCAAACGCUAGCAUCGGGACUAACGAUACAAUCGGCUUCAGGAAGUGGUCAUCAGCAGCAGAAAACGCAAGUGAUAUCGGCAGCCAAUUCGGCUCUAAGGACGCAACUGGCUGCAAGUGGACCCAUAUUGCAGGCACAACUUAAAGCUGGUUCCAUUGUUACAUCACAACAACAACAGCAGCAGCUUCUUGUCACCAACUUCCACACGGCCAAUCAGUGGCAACAGCAGCAGCAACAGCAACAACAGAAUUCUGGUCAACAACAACAAACCUCAAAUAGUGGAGGACAGACACAACAACAGCAACAACACAAGUCGAUUCUCAGUCUUUUGAAUAGUGCGCCGGCCGCCAUGACUAGCACCCCCGUUGCCAGUAAGACCUUUACUACCUCGACGGGUCAGCAACACACCGUUGUCCAACAUCAGUCCCAGCAGCACCACCAACAACAACAAUCGACCCACCAACAGACCGAUAACUUUGUGCAGCAACAACAACAACAGCAAACAAUGCAACGUAAACCCAACGAAGUUCUCCAGAACUCGAUCCACUCGAAUCUGCGUAAACUUAAUAUAGUAAGUGGUUCUCAUGGCCAUCGCUCGCAUGGCGGUACGAAUGUCAUAGCGGUUGGCCUAAAUCAAGACGGUACGACAGGCCAGCCGCAAAACGUGAGAGUUUCCAUGUCCGCCUUAGCGUCGCAGCUUGCGUCGCCUCCCGCAAUCAUGACAAACGCCAAUUUCGGCUACGCCAGCGCGUCCGUCAACAAUAACAGCAUAAAGAUUCUGAGCAACAGCGGGGGACAACGAGUGAUCACUGCCAGUGCGCUGAGAAGGGAUUCGAGUGUUGUGGGAGCGGCUGCUCCGUCUCCAGGUAGUGAUUCGAAUGCAUCGAACACCUCGAGUGGAACGAAUUUGAAUUUCACCAUGCCAGGAAUGAGUGCUUUGGUAGGUACCUCCCCAUCGCCCAGCAGUGACCAUUCGCAGUCGGGUGGUGGCAACAAUGUGUCGACGUCCACGGCCAUCUCAUCGAAUCAGGCACUCCUCGAAAGACUGAAUAGUGGCAAUACAAAUUUGAACACUGGCAACAGUCCAGGAGCAGGUCUCUCGCCCCAACAACACCAACAACAGCAUUAUUUGACAAAAGCCCUUGUCCAGCAAAUCUCAAAUGCCCAAUCUCCAGCUACGUCAAUAUCGCCGAUGUCUAGUCCACCGCCACAAGCAUCACCGUCGCCCAUUUCCCAUCAACAACAACAACAGCAGCAAACUGCCACUCUCAACCUGCAGAGCAUAAACCUAUCAUCGCUCCAAGGAGCGAGGGCCAAUUUCCCAGGAGUGCAAAAUGUUCAAGUGCAAAUCCCAGGGCUGUCGCAGCCAAUUUCAGUCCAACUUUCUGGUGGCAACAUAACCGCUCAGCAGAACUCCAAUCACAAUCAGAUGCAAAGCACUGGGCAGCAGACGCGAAGUCUUUUGGUAUCAGUUCCUGUGACAAGUACAACGCAAGUGAAUAACAUGCAAGGUGGUGGCAACAGCAGAGAUAUGGGAGGCGGCAAUACAGGUGGUGCUUCGGCGGCUGGUACACAAACUGUGGUACUUACAAACGCCGGUUCGGGUGGUGUGAACUCUGCAACAGGAUCCAUGCUUUCUUUGCCAAUUGCUCAAUUAGUUGCAUCUGGUGUUAAAAAUCUAAACACUCAAACAAUCCGUACCUCAGGCAGUGGCAGUCUAGGUGGUGCUAAUUUAGGCAAUUCGUCAGGGUCAUCGAGUGGUUCAGGUGUUGGAUCAUCUGGAAAUCAGACCAUUGGAAAUACUCAGCAGUCGAUACAACUGUUAAACUCACUGCAACAGGGAAGGACGAGGAAUAUACAAGUUGUGAGUGCCAAACAAAUAACUAAUCGUCAAUUGAUUGCCGCGCAGAGAAGUUUGGCUGGAUCAACGCUCAAAAUAGCAACGCCAAUCACUUCUUCCUCAGCAAUAUCGACGAAUGCAAAUUUAACUGCCACACCCCUCGUAAUGACAACGCAAAAAUUGCAACUGAAAUUGCAAAAGCAGGCACAGCACCAGCAACAGCAGAGGGUUCUAACUCAGGUAACCGCUGUUCAACAGCAGCAACAACACCAACAACAUCAACACCAACAGACUAUGCAGCAGCAACAGCAGCAGCAGCAACAUACUUUGGUAUCACAGUCCAAUCAGCAGCAUCAUAUGACUGUGAUAAGUGGCCAACAACAACAACACCCGUCACAACAUCAACAACACCAACAACAGCAGCAGCAACAGCAGCAACAUAUUCAAAUCACCGGACGCACUGCCGCCGGAAAUCUUAGCCAGAGAACAAUUUCCGCAAUAGCAGUUGCGACGGCAGCGAGUCAAAAUCAAAAACGCCGAAGAACGUAAAAGUCGGACAUACUUUUUAUUAAAUUUUCAUUUUUCCAAAUGUGAAAUUUGUCCACCACCACAAUAUAUUAUUUACUACUUCAUAAACUACAACUACCACUUGGUGCAUGCAAAUCUAAGAAAAUUUAGAUAAAUUUCAUUCGAGUAGAUAUAUUUUGUUUUAUAUAUAAAUAUAUUGUAUUAGAUAAAAAUUGUACAUUAUUUAAAAUUGAUAAAGAAAAGAUACAAAAUAAGAAAACAAAAACUUGUAUAAAGAUAUGUAAUUUUGACUUGAGACAUUAUUUUCUUUUUUGAUAUUAUUGAUAAUUCUGAACUUUUUCUUUUUUUGCUAAUGACGAAAAAAUAUAUACAACAAAAACAAAUGCAUGCACUUUGUUGCGCUAGCGCUCAAAAUUUAAUUUUAAGCAUAAUUUUUUAAAACAUUUUAUGUGUCCUUUAAGUUUCGGGAAUAAGCUUCUUUUUUUUUUGUUUAAACUGUGAUCUUAUAAUUGGUUAAUAGUGUUAACAUUUAUUUACCCAAAAGUUUUUUUUUUUUAAUUUCGUAUGCAAAUUUAAAAUGAGAAACAAUUAUUCUUAUUUAAAAUCAUAUGUUUAUUUUGUAUGCAUUAUUUCAUAUCCCUUUCCGAUAUUUUAUCUUAAGUGAAAUUUUCAAUAAAAAAAAUCAAAUAAAUUAUUGAAAUUUCUUCCUAGCAGUUAACUUUGGUACUUUUAAUAAUAAUCCAAUGUUGAAUUUAGGCUUAUGUAAGUGGGUUCAUAGACUAGAAGUAAACUUAUGAUUUACGAUAUAAAUUUGUGUGACGAUAAAUUGGAAUAUGUUAUUAAUCCAUUUACCUUUGGCGAUGGAUUGUCUUUAACUCAUUUGCAAUAGCUUAAAAUUUCAACACCUCAGAAAACAAUCAUUUUCUCUAAAAAUAUUUCAGUUAUAGCAUAUUUUUAAAUGUUUUUAUAAAAAUGUUCUUAAAAUUUAAAGCAAGCAAAGGGAACAAACCCUUUUAAAUGAGGGUGUCAAUGCUAAAAUAUUUCCACAAAAAAAGAUAAAGGGCCUGUUGGGAAUGAAGAUAAUAAUUUCUUCAUCGACCAUUUAUCUGGUGUCGUAAAUGUCUUUCGAAAUAAAUGUGCCUCGAACAAUGUGCCAUUGAAAGUAAUUUUUUUCCGGUACCAGUUAAUUUGUUUUCACUGUUCCUCAUUUUAAUAUUCGUCUU